AUGAACAACUACCUUCAAUUUCUCAGAGAAUCGUUCCCACCCCGGCCUGGAUUUACAGAAAAGGAACUGGGCGACCAGACAGGAAAGGUAUUCAUCGUUACCGGAACCACCAGUGGAGUGGGCAAGGCCCUGGUCAGCAUCCUCUACUCGAAAAAUGCGACAGUCUACACCGCAGCGAGAAACCAAGAGCGUGCCCUCGAAGUCAACGCAGAUAUUAAAACUCAGAGCCCGAAUUCCACAGGCAGACUCAUUUAUCUAAACAUCGACCUCGAGGAUCUGAAUAGCGUCAAAGCAGCAGCGGAAGAGUUCCUUUCGAGGGAAAGCCGCCUCGAUGUCCUGUGGAAUAAUGCUGCAGUUCUAACCCCUCCUGCUGGCUCGAAGACCAAGCAAGGGUGGGACUUACAACUCGGCGUCAACUGCCUGGCUCCAUUUCUGUUCACUAAGCUUUUGACGCCGAUGCUGUUGACCACGGCCAAGAUCUCUCUACCGAGCUCAGUCCGGGUGGUGUUUGUGGCCUCAUCUGCCACAUACCUCUUUGCGCCGACUGGAGGAGUGGAUAUGCUUCGGUUGAUGGAUGAAAGGGAAAAGGAUCCAACCUAUAUGUACGGUGUAAGCAAGGCCGGGAAUGCGCUGUAUGCUCUGCAAUUCGCAAACCUGUACAGACGCGAUGGCGUUAUUGCUGUGAGCGGCAACCCCGGAAACCUGCACUCAGAUCUGCCGCGGCACGUUCCUAGAUGGGGACAGAUCCUCAUGCGUCCCCUGCAAUACGACCCUCUCUAUGGCGCAUAUACCGAGCUAUUCGGCGGUCUCUCCCCAGAGAUCACACUCGAGAAAACGGGGGCAUGGCUAAUGCCUUGGGGUCGCGUCGGGAAGUUGAGGGCUGAUAUCGAGGAAGCAGGUAAGAGCAAAGCGGAUGGAGGGAGUGGUAUAGCCGAAGAUUUCUGGGCCUGGAGCGAGAAGCAGGUGAUCGACUAUCUCUAG